AUGGAAUCCUUGGUAAACUACCGCUAUAGCCUAGUGGCUGGCGCUUGUGCUGCCGGGGGUAGCUUUUUUGGCAAGUUGCCCAGCCACCUGAGCGCACAGAAGCUGCUGUAUUUUCAAGAUUCAGCCGGAGGAAACUUUUCUGACUCGUCGUAUCUGGAGUUUGGUUUGCUGCGUCUGCUGCCAUUGGUCCUGAUGGUGAUAUGCAAUGUUUGUAACCUGCGCUGUUUCCUUAAAGCGCUACAAAUGACGGAGCAGACCCUAACGUGCGUUGUGCUGACUGCCGCGUCCAACUAUGUGUUAUCUUUUCUUUUAGGUACGCUGGUAUACCAAGAGCCACUAACCGCAUUGUCUGGUAUUGGAAUUACACUAAUAUUGGCUGGGCUUUGGUUUCUUUGCGAUGCUGGAGCCGUGGACAGCAGGAAAAAAGAGACAGAAAAAGAGUCAUAACUGUAUUGUUGUUUAUGACUGGAGAAAAUAUCGUUGAUCCUUGAUAUUGAGUCCAUCGAGGAUGUUCCCCCGAUCUCGAGAAGGCGUGAACCGCCCAGAUCAGACGAGAAGAAGCGGAGCUAUAGCUAUAGCUAUUGCGAUUUAACUAAAAAUAUAAUUAGGAAUAAAAUUAGCAAGGUAUAUCCUCAUCGUCCUUGGUGCCUGGGAUAAAACGCUCUCGCGAUCACGAGAAGUCGUGGCUCGCCCAUAUCCGAUGGGUAAAAUCAGAGUUAUAGACAUUUUACUGAAAACUAACGUUAAAAAGGCAAUUUCCUUAUUGUCCUUGACACCAAACGAUCGGGGAUAUCCUGCUUUUCAUGAAUAGGCGGGGCACGCCGAGGUCGAACUGGAA